GCUAAAUUUUAAUGAUGCCUUGUUGCAAUGUUUGAUUGGUUUAGUGAGCAGAGUAGAGUGAGUAAAGAGAUGGCUGGGCACAAGAUCGCACAUGCAACUUUGAAAGGUCCAAGUGUUGUGAAGGAGUUAGUAAACGGUCUCGCACUAUGGCUUGCGGCUGGUGGGCUAUGGAAAAUGCAUCACUGGAACGAGCAGAGGAAAACAAGAGCCUUCUAUGAUUUGCUUGAGAAAGGAUAUAUUGGUGUUGUUGUUGCAGAGGAGUAA